UUAGUUUUUCCCACACCAACACAUCUACUCCCAAAUGAAAAAUCUCCUCACUCUCUUCACCCUUCUCGGCCUUCUUCUCGCCGCCGGAAAAUGGGUUUCCGCUCAAAACUGCGGCUGCAGGUCCAACGAGUGCUGCAGCAUCUACGGCUACUGCGGCACCGGUGACGACUACUGCGGCGGCAACUGCAGGUCGGGGCGGUGCCAACGACACAACGGAGUGAAAUUUGCGGAUGUCGUGACUGAUGCUUUCUUCAAUGGGAUCAUGUCCAGUCAGGACCGCCGCAACUGCGCCGGAAAGGGUUUCUACACGCGCGCCAGAUUCAUCGACGCGGCGGCGUCGUGGCCCAGCUUCGGAAGCAUCGGCUCCACCGAUGAUUCUAAGCGAGAGAUCGCUGCCUUCUUCGCCCACGUUGCGCAUGAGAGUGGCCGUAUGUGCUUUAUUGAAGAGGAGGGCGGGAAAUCGAAAACCUAUUGUGACAACACGAAAGAAGACUGGCCGUGCGCGGCCAACAAGCGCUACUACGGCCGCGGGCCGCUGCAGCUGACGUGGAACUACAACUACGGCGCUGCGGGCCAAGUCGUGGGAUUCGACGGAUUGAAAAACCCUGAAAUCUUGGCCGUAAACCCGUCGAUGUCUAUCAAGGCUGCCGUGUGGUUUUGGAUGGAAAACUGCCAUGCCGCUUUCGUCUCAGGCAAUGGCUUUGGCGCCACGAUCCGUGCUAUCAACAGCGUAGAAUGCGACGGGCGGAGCCCCGCCCAAGUCAACUCUCGGGUCAAUUACUAUAAAGAUUAUUGUAGCCAGUUUCGAGUUGACCCGGGAGCUAAUAAUCUUCGGUGUUAAUUAAGCCAAAGAGAAUGAAUUUCUUGAUGUGUGUGGUUUUAAUUUAUCAAUGUAAUAAAAUGGUAGGCUAGUAGUUGACUGGGAAUAUAUAUGCUAAUUUGAGCUUGUGAGCUUUUGGCUAGUAGCGAGUCCAUCUAGGGCUUGUUGCUGGAUAUAUAGUGUGAAUUAAAUAAAACUUUAUAUAUGUUUGAUUA